CAGGCUCGCCACCAAGUCGUCGCCCAUGCUUGCUUUAUAUCUUCUUGCUAUCUUCUCCAGUUUGCUUGGGUCUCAAGAAAUCUUGGCAGCAUGUAGCAACUGGUCCACGCGCUUUAAAACCAACUUGGAAGGCGUAUGUGUCUGUAACUCUACCCAGUGUGACACCGUCUCCAACAACUACACACAUCUCAAGGCGGGUGAAGUGGGAGUCUACACUACAUCCAAGGACGGGAAACGCUUGACAUACACAGUGUCAUACAUCGACAGUUCUCCCGUCAACAAACCAACCUACUCGAUCGAUGUGUCGACGCAAUACCAAACCAUGCUUGGGUUUGGCGGCGGGCUCACGGACGCUGUAGCGAUCAAUCUGUACAAACUUUCCUCCGAGCUUCAAGAAAUGGUGUUGGAGCAGUACUUUGCCGACUCCGGUCUGCAAUACAGCAUGAGUCGUGUACCCAUCGGCUCGACGGAUUUCUCCACUAGUACCUACACUUACAACGACAUGGUGGAUGAUUUCGAGAUGGAAAACUUCACAAUCGCGUCGGACAAAGCGCCUCACUCCAACAAGCUCAGCAUGAUCCACCGAGCGCUCAACAAGUCGGUGAAUGGGGUAAAAUUGUUCGCAACUUCAUGGGCUCCUCCUCUGUGGAUGACCAGUGGAGACUCGGUCAUCGACUGUACUAUGAAAGGGAAACCUGGUGGCAAGUACUGGCAGGCACUGGCGUUGUAUUAUUCCAAGUUCCUUGAUGCCUACAAGGAGGAAGGGAUCGACUUCUGGGCCAUGAGCGUGCAGAACGAGCCUCAAAAGCCUCCUCUCCCUCUUACACCAUGGCAAACACUUCGAAUGACUGCUAAAGAGGAGCGAGACUUCAUCAAGCUACACCUUGGGCCGCUGAUGGCUGAAAACCAUCCAGAGCUGAAGCUCAUGGCUAACGACGACCAAAAGACGGGAAUACAAAGUCGUAGCGCGCCAUUUGACGAUCCCGAGUCUAGGAAGUAUCUUAGUGGUCUCGCUUUCCACUGGUAUCAGAACCUUGACUUCAUCUUACCGUUCGCUGGAAAUUACAAUAAUCUGCUCAAAUUCUCCGAGACAAAUCCUGAUAUGUUCAUGCUCGGGACGGAAGCGUGCGAAGGAUAUCUUCCUUCUUUUAUAGGAACAGGCAGAGGUCCUGCGCUCGACAAGCCGAAGAAAGCUUGGAAGCGAGCGGAGAAUUAUGGGCGAGACAUUAUCGAAGAUAUCAACAAUAUGGCAGCUGGAUGGGUCGAAUGGAACAUGGUUCUAGACACCAAAGGAGGACCAACCUGGGCUAAAAACUACGUUGACGCUGCGAUUCUCAUUGAUGAAGAGCGUGGGGUCGAGUUCUACAAGCAGCCUAUGUUCUACGUUAUGGGCCACUUCGCGAAAUUUGUGCCACCAGGAUCGAAGCGCAUUGAGUUCCCAAAGAAAAAGAAACUGAACAAAUUUCACCGCUGCGCAUUCGUGACUCCAAACAACCAAGUUGUUUUGCAGUUUUUGAAUCGAGAUAGCUCGGAAGUCACAGUGAGCGUGAAGCAGACGGAUUUAAAUACGUUCACUCUGACGCUACCAGCCCAUUCAUUGCAGACUGUGAUCCUGCCGGCGUCAGACUCGACGGAGAUUAUGUAAAGUGGGUUGACUUGGCAGGUAACAAACGCGGGGUUCAGCUUAUUUGGUGUCAACGUAGUCGAUAAGCCAGACGCGAAAGCGUAUUCAGUUAACCAGUUCACCAUACUCAGGUCUUUUUUUUAGCGGUAUAUGCGUCCGCUACGGUCGUUACUACUAAGAACAUUUUCUUGUAAAGUCGUAAAUUACAACUGAGCUUCUUAUCAGA